AUGUCGCUUUUUGGACGUCGUGAUAGUUCACAACAAAAGAUUCGAGUAUCAAAUAACCAUCCCACAUCCAUAACAGAAGAAGCACAUCAUACGACUAAUAAAAUGUCGUCUUUUAAAUUUUUAUCAAAAAAUUUACACAUACCAUUUUUAAAUAACACUGCAAAAACUGCUCCGGCAAAGGAUUCCACACUUCAAAAUGUUAUUGUCCCUACUUCACACAGCCGAAAGAAUAGCAGUAGUUCAAGCAACAUCCGCAGACAAACUAUAGUUCAUCGUACUGAUAAUGCUUGUCGACGAAAUACUAUUUGGUCUGAUACUGUUGAUGUUGACCUCGUCGCAAACUUGUCACCAAGAGAACUUAACCGUCAAGAAGUUCUUUUUGAAAUUAUUAAAACAGAGCAUGAAUAUGUUCGCGACUUACGUUUGAUUGAAGAAAUCUUUAUUCAACCCAUCAAAAAAGUUGAAGAAAAAAGUCGUAAACCAAUAGUUCCAGAAAACCUAAACAAAAUAUUCAACUCAGUUUCAUAUUUCUUAUUCAUUCAUGAAGUAAUUAGCAAUUGUUUAAAUGAACGUCAAGAAGCUCAAUCUCCUUUGGUUCGAAGUAUCUCUGAUAUUCUUUUAGCUUAUGUAUGGGUAUUCCGUGCAUACGCUCCAUAUCUUAUUCAUUAUGAAGAUGCUUUAAGAGAACUUGAUGAAUCUAUUAGAAAGAAGGAUAAAUUAGGUCGUGCUGUUAAGAAACAACAAAAAUUACCUUCUUGCAGAAAUAUGCCCUUAUCCACUUACCUUCUUAAACCUUUCCAACGUCUUCUUAAAUAUCCUCUUCUUAUUUCAAAUUUACUUAAAUGUACUGAUAAGGAAGGUUUCGAUUAUGAAAAUACUGUUGCUCUUAAAACAAAAUUAGAUGAUGUUCUUUACGAUGUUGAAGAACAAAAACGUGAUCAUGAUAAUAUGGAACGUCUUAGAGAACUUGAGGCUAGAAUUGAUGGUCUUGGUCCUUAUCGUUUGGCUGUAAAUAAUCGUCAACUUCUUAAAGAAAGUCCUGCUUGUCAAAAUUCUUUAUCCCUCAAGAAACAACCUUCCCUUAGAAAGACGUUGACUGUCACAUCUGCUCCCGCUCCAACUUCAAAACGUCAUUCUGUACGAAAUCUUUAUACUAUUGAAUGUAAUGAUAUCGUACUUUUGGCUGAACGAACUGGUGUUACUAAUGAAGGUCAACCUACUUAUAGGUUGGUUUCUCGUCCACCACCAACACCAUUAGAUGAUGAACCUGUUGUGGUUCAUAGAGCUGAUGAUACUGAUACUGGCGUUUAUUAUGAAUGA